AUGACCUCAGCACCAGACAUAGACCCAUAUGCAGUCCUUGGUGUCGCCAAGGAUGCCACCAUCUCUGAAAUCAGGGCUGCCCACCGAAAGCGGGUUCUCAAAUGCCAUCCGGACAAGGUCCAAGAUGAGUCGCAGCGGAUUGCUGCUCAAGAUGAAUUCCAGAAAGUCCAACAAGCUUAUGAACUGCUCUCGGACGAUGUUCGACGGACUAAACAUGACCAAAAAGUCAAGAUAGCCGAGCUACUGGAACGCAGACGAACAGACUCUAUCGCCAACUCUCCGCGAGGAAGUGGAUCCGCCACUCGCGAAUUCCGCAAUGGCCACUUCAUGGAGGAGAGGGUCCCGAUUGAAGUCUACUUUGAGGAGAAAUGCCGAUUUACAGAAGAACCACCCUCCAUGUCGUCUCGCAAAUGCGAUGAGUAUGAGUACGGCGUGCGCUCAAAGACUAAGCCGACAGAGGAGAAGAAGAAGGUUCGAACACCGAUGAGCCCGCACCACCAAGCGAAAGAACAGCGGGAGGCGGUCAAGGCGACGCAUUCCGACCGUAAGAAGGUGCGCGAACAGGAGCGACGACGACAAGCCGAGGUAAAGCGUGAUGAUACCUUCGGAUCUUUUGUAGGAUCCGACGAGGAUGCAUCUGAUUCCAGUGUUCCCCACUAUUCUUAUACGAGACGAACUUCGACAACGCCCCACCGAGAGCGUGAUUCACGAUCCCGACCAUCGGACUCCUCUCGCCGCCGUGAUCGUCGCUACGACGAGGAUGACGAUGUGUCCGAUCACUGGAGAUCCAAGAUUGAUAGUCAGUACGUCAAUGCAGAGGAUUACAUUGCAUCCAAAGCCAAAGGCCGAAGUUCCAAGUCCCCACGAGAGUAUCAUGGUCAUGACUCGGCGGAACUAGAAUCGUCUGCUUCGCGAUCCGCGGAACGGUCCACUCGCACCCGCCGUCGUUCUUCGUCGCGCGACGAUUCCUACGAGCACCUGGAUUCGUCCCGAAGCUACGAUGUCAAGCCACCCAAGAUGCAACCCUCCACGACCACCCCUGGUAUCAAGGCGUCUCUUCGUCCUUUGUUCCUCAACACCCGCUCUGCAACCGUUCCAGGCCUUGUCCGCCCAAAGUUAAAGCGGGAGAGUCGCGAGCCAACACUCCACGAAAUGGCCCACGAGCCACUACCAUCGCGAAGUUCCAGAAUGCGCGAUCGCACCGACUCGGGCUACUCCAGUCCCAGUACUCCUGAAAUGCUCCAGAGAGGCUCUUCUCCAAAGACCUCAACCCGCUACAAGGUGUACAAAGAACCAGACCACAUCGUUGUAGAACCAAAGCUACCAAAGUAUCGCUCGGCAAGAUCUCCUGAUCGAGAUCGCAUAUCGCCUAUACGGCCGACACCCAAGCGAAGCAAUACCUACCAAUACACCGCUGAAGUCUCGCCUCGCGUUGAGACUCGCUCUGCGCGCCCUUCUGUGCGCUCUCAUCCGGACGUCGAAUACAUUGCCCGUCCGAAAGAGAAGGACAUCCAGUACGGCAGAACAUACAAGGAAGAAGAUGUCAGUUACUCGCCGAGACGUGCCCAUUAUCAUUACAUGCAGGAAGAGGAUUAUCCUCCUGCUGUGGGGAGACGCCAGUCUCAGACUGCCUACUAA